UCGACGCGCGCGCACGCAUGAAGCCCGCGCUAACGGCGCGAAAAUAAACCGCGAGAUAUGUAAACAAUUUCAAUUUGACAGUUCUUUUUUUUAUUUCACUUCUCUUUCACUGACUCAAAAGGCAAAGGUUUUGAUAUUUUUUAACAAUGAAGUUUAUAGUGGUGUGCUGUUUGUGUGUGAUAUCAGUGAUGGGACAGGACAUCGAUACGAUGAAGAAUAUGCCCAAAUACGAUGCAAGAUAUGACUAUUUAGAUGUGGACGCGCUGUUUAAUAGUAAACGAUUAGUGAGAAACUAUGUGGACUGCUUAAUUAAUGGACAAAGGUGCACGCCAGAAGGGAAGGCGCUAAAAAGGCUCCUGCCAGAAGCACUCAGAACCAAAUGCAUCCGCUGCACAGAAAGGCAAAAGAAGACGGCAGUGAAGAUCAUCAAGAGGCUCAAAUAUGAAUACCCGGAGGAGUGGGCCAAGCUAGCCUCGAGGUGGGACCCUACGGGUGACUUCACCAGAUAUUUCGAGGUGUUCUUAGCCAAUGAACAGUUUAACACCAUAUCUGGCUAUGGUAACGAGGUACCGGUAAUACAACUGCCAACUCCUCGGCCGAUAACACCAGCAACAGUUCAGACCACAGAGACUCCAGUGUUAACUUCCCCGCCGCCAAGUCCGGUGUUGCUUAAUAGGUUUGGGGAUGAUGAGGAGAUGGAGGGCAGUCCUUCGUCUGCGGUGACCACACCACGGCCGACAGUGGCAACCACGGUAAAGACUGCUAAACCUUUCACCACGAUGCGAGCACCGGUGCCACCCAGGCCAACUCCCGUGUCGUGGGCAAACGUGGGAGCCGACUCGAUGCCGACACGUUACACGCUGCGACCGAACAACGAAAUGCCAUUAGUGUUCUCAACCGCCAUAACUCUCAUAGACCAAAUCGGCAUCAAGAUUAUAAGAACUACUGAACUUGUCACUGAUAUCCUGAGGAACACUGUAAGGGCUGUGGUAGGAUGAUAAGAUGUAGGAUAUAAGUCAAGUGUGAACUGUAAAGUGAAGUUUUGAAGCCUAUGUUAUAUAUAGGUAUGGCUUGGUACGGACCAUAGAUUUAAUUCAAAAGAUACUCCAUUACUGUGAGUUAUUUGUCAACUGUCAAAUACUAUGUUCAACUUAAUGUUGAUGGAAAAUGCUUCGUAAUUCAUUAUAUAUGUGACAGUCCACCAUAAAUCACCACGCUGGACAGGAGGGGUUUGUGACUGUAGUAGAUGGUAGUAGUACACACGCAGAAAGAGGAGAGGUGGUGACAAUAGUGUUCUGAACUACCGUCACCACACAGCACAAAUAAGAGUAUGUCACUUAAGUUUUUCAAUGAUGGAAAAUACUCCAUAAGGCGCUGUGCCUGCGAUAUAGUCCGAUUAAAAUUGUUUUUCCCCCAAACUAAAACGAAGGUGAUGUUACCUUAUCUCUGCCUAUGCAAAAAAUCACGUCGUUCCGCUGCUCUGUAGCCUUAGUACAAGAUUUGCUCGCUUGCAAUCGAGGAGUUGUUUUCGAGAAUGGAUAUACUUGAACAUUGGAGUAAAAUGGAUCUUAUGUUCGUUAGGUUAAAACUCAAAUUUGCCUUUCUAUAGAACGUUUGUAAAACAAACACAUACAGGAGUUGCGACUCUAAAACGAGUUACUUAAGGUUAUUUUACUUUGGCGAUACAGAGAUUGAUACUUUCAAAAAAAAUCAAAAUUCAUUUAUUUCAAGUAGGCCUAAUAUAAGCACUGUUGAAAGCACUAACUCGAAAACGACUCCUCAAUUAUUGUGAGCUGUCAAAUGUUACAUAAAAGAUAAAACCACCAACAAGAACUUUCGAAUUUGUUAUAAAAAUUUAUCACUUCAGGCGUGAUUUAACUUGGCCAGUCUUAGUUUUGGAGUUGUUUGCGCAUGCUAAAUAUAACCAUUAAAUUCCUAUAGAAGUAGUGCAGCUAUUUAAGGCAGAGCUCAUGCGGGGGAGUACCUACCCUCAUGGUACUACCACUACCACAAUGCGUAUUUUUCCGCCAAGCAGAAUGGCUGUGAUUCAGUCUGAAGGGCGUGGGUGGCGGUGCUAUUACAAGCAUAUGUAGAGUUUAUGCAAACAAGGCGGUACUUUGUAGGACUUGUUUGUAGCAUUUCCAGCGAGACGAUUUGUUUACAGACGAUGGUUUUUCAGUAACCAUCUUCAUUUACGUCAUUCGCAUGCUUCGUCAAUUAUUACUUUAAACUGUCAGGUCAUCAUAUGUCAAACGUUAUAAAUGAAAUGUGAUGCUAUAUCAGUAGUACACAAAUAAAAGCAGCAAUUUUAUUAAUUAAAAUAAUUGCUAUUUUUUGACGAUUAAACGUAAAAAGGAUAACGCAAAGUUUGGCUUAAUUGAGUCAGAAUUAAGAGAAGUUUCUGGUG